CUCGCCGAUGCGGGCUUGUCUAGUGUUCUGCCACUAGCCCCUCUUACCGGUGAUCCGGGUUUGAUUACUGCGCUCGUAGAGCGUUGGCGACCCGAGAUAUCGACCUUCCACAUGCCGUUCGGUGAGGUGACGAUCACCCUAGAAGACGUUGUGACACUGACCGGUCUAGCGAUUGACGGUGAUGCCGUCGCAGUAGACAUACCAGAUGAGGACUGGUCGGCUAUGUGUCUUCGACUGUUAGGACGGGCUCCUACUGAUCUUGGUGGCGGCGUCAUCCGGAUUGCUUGGCUCAGGGAGACUUUCGAUGAGCUACCACUUUCUGCAUCACCCCAAACGACAGAGCAGUUUGCAAGAGCGUAUGCGCUGUCUUUGAUGGGAGGUGUCUUGUUCUCCGAUCGGUCUGGAGGUUCAGUUCACCUGCAGUACCUAUUUUUGGUGGAGGAUUGGCGCAGAGCGGGGAGGUUUGCUUAG